AAAAAUCGGUUGGUAAAAUAAGAGGUUGAUAAAUGGUGGGCUUGGUAAUCAAUUACCAACCCAACCCAAGUUUUAAAAUGUGGAUGAACCUUGCCGUUUGAUUAAUCCAACUUUUCUUUCCUUUUUCUCACCUUCAAAUACAAGCUACCCCUUCUUUUUCAAAACCCUAAUUUCUUUUCCCCAAUCCAAUCACCGAUCUCAACCAAUUUGUCAGAUCUGCUGCGCGGCUCCCUCAGGAAUUAUGUCUUUUGUCCGUAAUUAUCAAGCUGAAGAUCGAAUUUUUAAUGGUGGCUAUUGGCCCACCUAUGAUGGAAACAACACUGGCAACACUGAUAGGAAGAGGAGCAGAAACCAUUAUGAUCAGAGGAAUUAUAACAAUUACUAUGACAACCAGACCAAUGAUCAGUGGAAUUAUAACAAUUACUAUGACAACCAGAUCAAUUUUGGGCACCGUGGUGGCAACCUCAACCAAUGCAAUGCGGAUUAUGCUAAUUAUGCUGAUGUUGGCCCGUCUUCUCUGAAGAAAAGAAAAUUUUCAGCCCCCGAUCGGGUUGAAAUCCAGAAGUUCAAUUUGCCAGCCACCAUCCAUGACAAUGUUAGGAGUUUUCAAGCUCAUCCUACAAGAUCCAAUGCUUAUACCUCAGCUAGCGUUAAACCUGGUUUCUCCAUAUUUGAUGAUGACACACCGGUCUUUAUGUCAAGGGAUGAUAUUGAUAGAAACUCUCCAUCAAGAAAAGAUGGUAUUGAUGUGCGCCAUGAAGCCCAUUUGCGGUAUUCUUAUUGUGCCUUCCUUCAGAAUCUCGGAACUAGGCUUGAGCUGCCACAAACUACCAUUGGGACAUCCAUGGUUCUGUGCCACCGGUUUUUUGUUCGACAAUCGCAUGCAUGCCAUGACAGAUUUUUGAUAGCUACUGCUGCUCUUUUUCUUUCUGGGAAGUCAGAAGAAUCUCCAUGCCCUUUGAAUAGCGUAUUGAGAACAUCCAGUGAAAUCUUACACAGACAAGAAUUUGCUUUCUUAUCCUACUGGUUUCCUGUUGAUUGGUUUGAACAGUUACGUGAACAGGUGCUUGAGGCUGAACAGUUGAUACUCACAACUCUAAAUUUUGAACUCAAUGUGCGACACCCAUAUGCACCUCUUACAUCUGUCCUUAGCAAAUUUGGUCUUUCAAAGACUGUUUUGGUGAAUAUGGCUUUAAACUUGGUCAGUGAAGGGAUCUUGACAAGAAUAUUAUGCUGCCCUGUAUGAUAUUCUUAGCGGGUGGAUUGAUUUGCUGUUCUUGGAAAGUUUUGUUUUACAUCUGAAGUUGAACUGCUGAUGUCUAAUGGAUUGAUUUACCAUGAAUAUAUAAAUCUAUUUAUUUUUCUAUGGGCUAUAACCAAGAGCCCUAUGCCCCACACAUAUUUUCUGUCAAACCCUCAUUGUGUUGUAGUUUGUGCUGGUCACCAUUGGCCAAAUGGCCUAUCAUUAAUCUUUAGUGACCUGGAUGAAAAGAAGAUGAUCUAAGUAAUGUUUCAAGCCAACAAAAAGAAGUGAACAGUCUGAAUUUCAAAUAUGGUUGGAAUCUUGUUUUCCUGAACAAGUGUUUGUUAGUCAUAACUCAUAAAUCAAAACCGGUCCUUCUCCACUAGAGUCAAUUUAUGAUGUGAAGCAGAGAAUAGCUGAAAAUAACACCUGGUUCAAAUUCUGCUUUGCUACAAGGCUAUAGCGUUGUUGUUUUACAAUACUUUGUAUGAAAUAGCUUGUCGCGGAACAACAGUGAUUUGUUCAAAUUCCGCUAUAGCACCACUAUUUGACAACACUAACUUGAAGGAAAAUGGAUUUUUA